UUCAAAGGCAUCCAUCAAAUUGGAAAUUUGAUCGAUAUUUUUGCCUUAGCUCUAAAUAUACACGUUGAAAGAAGGAAAAAAUCAAUGAGACGCUGAAUAAAGAAUUGAAACCGUUUGGCCCGUGCGUGUUUCAAUUAGUUUAAUUCGCUUUCAAGUUUUAUCUUUCGUCUCCGGCUCAUCUCGCCACAGUCUCAACCAACUCUUUGCUCCCCUUCCAUUUCCAUUUCCUUUCACCUUCUCGCUUUUACUUUUUCUCUAUCAUUUCCCUGAAAUUCACCCCAUUUUCUAUACUUUUCAUCUUUCGAUCUUGCGUUUUCCUUUGAUUUUGGACUGUUUCCCCCCCCCCCCCCCCCCCCCUGUAAAUGCUCCUAGUAAUUGAACUGAUUGCGAACGAGAUUGCCAGCUGAAUUUUUCUAUGGAAAACGGCGUUUCUGACAACGGCGUCUGCUCCUCUGAGUCGGUGAACGGUGGCCAAGAUGUUUGGAGCUCUAAAGAGAGUGAUUCUCUCUCCGCCGACCAUUUUGUUGUCAUGGUCAAUGGCAUAAUGGGGAGUUCCACAGAUUGGCGGUAUGCUGCAGAGCAAUUUGUUAAAAGGCUUCCUGACAAGGUUUUUGUUCAUUGUAGUGAGCGAAAUGUAUCUAAAUUGACACUAGAUGGCGUCGAUGUGAUGGGUGAUCGAUUGGCUGAAGAGAUUCUUGAAGUGAUUCAGAGAAAGCCCAAUCUACGGAAGAUCUCCUUUGUUGCUCAUUCUGUGGGAGGAUUAGUAGCAAGAUAUGCCAUUGGCAAACUAUAUAGACCGCCUGAGACUGAGCAAUUAGAGGCGCCAUCUACAAAUGGACAACCUCAAGAGUCAUUUGGUACAAUAGGUGGUCUGGAGCCUGUCAACUUUGUCACUGUUGCCACACCUCACCUUGGUUCAAGGGGUAAUAAGCAGGUACCAUUUCUUUUUGGCCUAACUGCCAUUGAGAAAAUUGCGAGUUUGAUUAUCCAUUGGAUACUUAGAAGAACAGGCGAACACCUUUUUAUGACUGAUGAUGAUGGAGGAAAGCCUCCACUGGUUCAACGCAUGAUAGAAGAUCAAGGCGAAUACUAUUUCAUGUCUGCAUUGAAGUCUUUCAAGCGCAGGGUUGUCUACUCUAAUGUUGACUAUGACCAUUUUGUUGGUUGGAGAACAUCAUCAAUUAGACGUAUAAAUGAGUUGCCAAAGUGGGAAGACGCGGUCAAUGAAAAGUAUCCUCAUAUUGUUUAUGAAGAACGCUGCAAGGGUACCGAUUCUGAGAACAUUGAACCCACGUCAGCAGAAGUUAGCUAUCCUGAUAGGCUGGAAGAGGAACUGGUGACGGGUCUAUCUCGUUUGUCAUGGGAAAAAGUAGAUGUUAGUUUUCACAAAUCAAGACAGAGGCUUGCAGCUCAUAGCAUUAUUCAGGUGAAAGAUCACACUGCACACAUAGAAGGAGCCGAUGUCAUAGAUCACAUUAUCGAUCAUUUUCAAACUUGAUGACUGCUAACGACCACAAACCACAAUUACAUAUUAGAGAUUUCGUUGAUCUUGGAUUGCACAUGCUUUUGUGAGAGGACUGAUUUCCACGAAACCUAUGAUUGCAAUUUAAUGAUGUCGCUUCAUCCAUUGUAUUUAUGAAUUGUAUAUGCAUGGAUAUGCUUAAGGUUCUUUAGAUAAUCAAUGUAAUUGUAGUAGUAACUAGAUUAGUAAUAUGGUCGGUGAAGCAAGAGCAUGGUUGAAGAAAAAAAGUGCGCAACUAGCGUCGUUGAAUUGGAACCCGCCAAGUACAUGGUUACUUAUGAAGUAUAUAAGCUAACAUUUCUAAGGAAAGUAUAUACUUGCGUUAAACUUUGUUUAUGCCAACAUUCCCUUGGUUUGUUUUGCUUGCAAUUUAAUAUAUCAUGAUUCUUUGCGAUGAA